AUGUCGACAGUAUCGAAAACACAUAGUAUAAAAGCAGUACAAUUAAUUCAACAAUAUGCAGAACGUUUACAUUUUAAUACACCAAGUGAUUAUGAUACGAUAUUAACUGCAAUCGGUGAUGCUCGGGUUGUAAUGAUUGGUGAAGCAUCACAUGGUUCACAUGAAUUUUAUUGGCAUCGGGCGGAAAUUACAAAACGAUUAAUUCAAGAAAAGGGUUUUACAAUUGUUGCUUGUGAAGCUGAUUGGCCAUCAGCUUAUCAUGUAAAUCGUUGGGUAAAAGGACUUUCAUCUGCAUCAAAUAUCAAAAAUGCAAAUGAUGCAUUGAAAGAAUUUAAACAAUAUCCAUCAUGGAUGUGGCGAAAUACAGUUGUUGUAGAAUUUAUCACAUGGCUUCGAAGACACAAUGAGAAAAUAGCAGAUCCAAAGAAAAAAACAGGUUUUUUUGGUAUUGAUUUAUAUAGUUUACAAACAUCACGUGAAGAAGUUCUGAGAUAUUUAGAAAAACAUGAUUCAAGUUUAGCAGCCGAAGCUCGUAAAAAUUAUGCCUGUUUUGAAAGAUACUCUGAUGAAAAACAAUAUCGUUAUUGUGCAGCAACAAAACGUAUUGCUGGUUGUGAAAACGAAACUAUUGAUGUAUUUCAAAAAAUGUUAGAACGUCAUUCAAGAAUGAUAGCUGAAGCAAAAGGAAGAGAUCAUGAAAUUGAUGAAAGUUUUUAUACUAUGGAAAAUGCAAAAAUUGUUCGUGAAGCAGAAAAAUAUUAUCGACAUAUUGUUGAAGGUGGAGCAAUCGCAUGGAAUAUUCGUGAUACGCAUAUGUGUAAUUGUUUACAAGAUUUACUUAGAUAUUAUGGACGAGGAACUAAAGCUGUUAUUUGGGCACAUAAUUCACAUAUUGGCGAUGCUCGUGAGACUGAUGCACUAUAUGCACGUGAAGUUAAUAUUGGUCAAUUAGUUCGCGAACGAUUUGGUAUCGGAAAUACAUUUAAUAUUGGAUCUACAACAUAUACUGGUACCGUUACAGCAGCGAUUAGUUGGAAUAUGGAUCCAGAUUUUAAACAUGUUCGACCAUCACUGAAUGAAAGUGUCGAAUUUUUAUUACAUGAAGCAUUAAUACAAGAUCCAGUAUUAACGUAUGAAGGUCAAUAUUAUCUUUUAUUUCGUUCGAAUAAUCCAUAUAUUCAACUUUCAAAAGAAUUACAUACUGAAUUACGUAAGAAACGCUUCGAACGAACUAUUGGUGCUAUUUAUCGUCCACAUACUGAACGUCAAUCACAUUAUUUUGGUGCCAGUCUUUCAACACAAUUUGAUUGCGUUAUUCAUAUUGAAGAGACACAUGCAUUAAGACCAUUAGAAAUUCAUCCAACAUGGAUACAAGCAGAAACAGAACAUGUACCUGAUACUUUUUCUAUGAAUUGUACAGGAGGUCCCAAAAAAUUAUAG